UGGGCUUCUGUUCUUUGAACCACGGGAGCUGUAGUCGCCGUGCUGAGGGCUGAGCUGCGUGCAGACUGCGCUUCCCACAAAGCCCUGCUGGCAGGAAGCCCUUCUCGGAGCUGGCAGCGCUAUGAAAGCUCAACAUGUUCCCUGCCAGGAAGCUCCCAGGAUGCUGCAGAGCCAUCAGACCACACCAUCUCCAGCACCGCUCUGUCCCCAGCGUGUCCCCAAACCUGGCUUUUGUACCGGCCUGCCUCCCCCCGCAUCCCGCAGAAGUAGAAGAGAUGCAGCGUUUUAUUUCCAGCUCCAAGAAGCUGUUUGUAAUGACCGGAGCUGGAAUCUCCACUGAGUCGGGGAUCCCUGAUUACCGCUCAGAAGGAGUGGGGCUCUAUGCCAGGUCGGACCGGCGGCCCAUCCAGCACGUUGAGUUCGUCCGCAGUGCCAGCGCCCGGCAGCGCUACUGGGCAAGGAACUUUGUGGGCUGGCCACAGUUCUCCUCCUAUCAGCCAAACACGGCCCACCUGGUGCUGAGGCAGUGGGAAAAGCUGGGGAAGCUGCACUGGUUGGUGACCCAGAACGUGGAUGCGCUUCACACCAAAGCUGGGAGCAAGCGCAUGACAGAACUGCACGGCUGCACGCACAGGGUUUUCUGCCUGACCUGUGGUGAUCAAACCUCACGCUCUGAGCUUCAGGAGCACUUUGAAGCUCUGAACCCUAGCUGGAAAGCUGAAGCCCUUGGUGUGGCUCCAGAUGGGGAUGUCUUCCUCACGGACGAGCAGGUGCGCAAUUUCCAAGUCCCAGCUUGCAGGAAGUGUGGUGGAAUCCUGAAGCCUGAUGUGACGUUCUUUGGAGACACAGUGAGCCAGGAAAAGGUGGAUUUUGUGCACCAACGGCUGGCAGAGUCAGACUCCAUGCUGGUGGCAGGAUCCUCUAUGCAGGUGUACUCUGGUUACAGGUUUGCGCUGGCAGCCAGAGAGAAGCAGCUGCCAAUAGCAGUCCUCAACAUUGGGCCCACGAGGUUAGAUCACUUUGCAUCCCUCAAGCUGAAUUCCCGCUGUGGAGAGCUGCUGCCUUUAAUAGAUGCACACUGAGCCAACGAGCUGAGCAGCAGUGGCUAUCAGGGGUAAAAUUCUUUCUACAAGGUGGGUACCUCCCGGGGCAGUCACCUUAAAGGGUAAGAAUGUGGGUUUAAAUAGCCAGCAGAUGCUGGAGCUGAACUGAAAUCCAUUCAGACAACUCAAGUCCAUUCAGAGCAUCGGAGCCUGGCUGCAUCUUCCCACCUGUUCCUGGGGUGCUCAGGUGGGCCGUGGUGCCACCUCCUGCCAUCAUGGACAACCAUGAGGGUGCUCCCAGUCCAUCUGGCACAGUGGCAGAGCUGCAGGGGAUCAUCUGCAGAUUCAGAGAACGUGAUCAGUGCUGGUGCCUUUGCACGCUGCAAUCUUUCUUGGUAGCAGCGCGGGUUCCUGAGGGUUUCUCGAGUCCCUGCUGAUUUGAAAGCUGUGCCUGGUUGAACUGAUCUGGUUCAUCAAAACACCGCUGUUGUGAAAUGUGAAUAAUGUAAAUGUAAUGUAAAUGUAAUGUAAAUUUCAUCUGUAAAGCAGCUUCUUCUCUCCAUUCCUGCAGGACUUCAUCUCUCCACAGGGGAAUUACUUCGGUCUGAAGGGCAGCCAUCAGAUCUUUACACAUGGCACCCGGUGAUGCCAGGAGAGGGCAGCAAGCCUCACACAUGUCAGCCUGACAGUUUUCUGCACUGAAACCAUCUCCACUUAACAAGGAAGGAGAAGAAUGAUGAAAAGGAGGGAGUUUUUUUUGCCUUCCCUUACUGUGUAAACAGUUCCUUUUCUUUGCAUUCACUGGCAGAGGACCGGACUGGCACAGGAUAUUCAGACAUCUGAGAACAAAAUACUUUUUUUUUUCCUUUUUUUUUUUUAAAUAGUUGUGAAGAAUGGAGGACAGGGAGUUUGACAGAGUUGCUCCACACAGAACAGCACAGGAGAGUGAUAUGGAACACCCAGUACCAGCUGGAUCCCAGGUCAUUUGUGGGCAAACAUGGAGCAUACAGAGAGGGUAAAAGAGGCAAAAAGAACUGCACAGUUGUCAUUCCCCCCAGAAAUGGAUCAAAAGAGGAGCUGAACAAGAAUACUGCUCUUGUAAUAAAUUAUUUGAAAGCACGGGCUACAGAGCUGAUACCAGCAAGGAGGGGAAGUCAGCACUGCUCUAACUGCCAGCUGAACUGCUUACUAUCAACCUUUUAAAAAUGGCAUAUUGUUGAGAUGCCAGAGGAUUUAGUUUCAGCUAAUCUGACCGGAGCUGCUUUCAGUGUCACUGCUGCCUUUUCAAAACUGCAUUUCUAAAAGGUGUUAUUUAAUUAAUGAAUAGCUAAGUAGCAAAUUAAAAUUGUUUACGUGACUGUUUCUA